GAACAGUCAAGCCAACAGUAAGCGCUACAAGCUACAAGUAUCUGAAAAAGAGCGAGUUUUACAAUUUUCCACUCAUCUUUCGUUGCAUUCAAAUAUGAUAACUACAACUCAUUUGGUUGCUGAGUCUGUUUGGAAGGAAAUUGAGUCAACUCGCUCAGUGAAUUCUCAGCAUCUUGAAAUAUUGCAUUUUUUGUUUGGUAAGAACUUGGAGAGUGCUGCUAGAAUUGUGGACCUUAAAGGGGUUAAAAAGAUUUCUGGUCAGCUAUCCGGCCGCACUGUCUUUCAGGUUAUGGGGGAAUCGAAGAGGAAGGAAGAGUAUUUUUGCUUCCCGGAACACUACUGUAGUUGUCAUUCUUUUUUCUACGACAUUGUGAAGAAUGGGAGACAGCUAUUUUGUAAACAUCAGAUAGCAGCACGAUUAGCUUCUUCUAUAGGAUUCUGUGUUGAUGUAAAGGUUUCAGAUGAGCAGCUAGCAGUUAUGCUUUCAAAUCUCUGACACCAAGUGAGGAACUACUGCCGAUCAAAAUUAAAACUAAAUUGGUUUGUCAAUGUUCAAGCCUAUGGUCUAAUUUAAAAAAAGAACAAAGUGUUGAUUGUUGUAGAAACGACGGGACUGUGUGUUGAUUGUUGUUACUUGAUGCUGUUAAAGACUAGCAGCAGCUUCAGCUGUUACAAGCAAAUUACACUUUCAUACUCGCAGAAGCUCUAAUUGGUCAGACUUUAGACAACUGUUCCGAAUGAAAGUUACAAUGUUGUAACAGCCAUGAAGGGAGCCUAAUGAGAAGAACAAUUCUUUUGAUGUUUCAUUCAAUAUCCCCAGAAGACUCGGCCUCUAUUAGGCCUUGGCCUCCAUUGCAGCUGUUGCCAGAUUCCCGAGGCUGUGAGUUGAUUGUUAUAUUGGUGCCUCAUUUUUUUAAGCUGGAAAACAUUAUUCUCCAGAAGAGUUCUUUACCCUUGAUCUUUUGUUUUGCUACCGUGCUUUUGUUGCAUUUGAUAUUAAUUGUAACCAGGUUAGCUGA